UUACAACCACACAGCUGAGGACAGGCAUUCUGGGGAUCAGCAUCGAGUCACUUUUAUUCUGCUCCUUUCCCCAGCGCAGAGAGGACGGCAGAGCUGUUACUGGAGAGAGCUCUGGCUGUCAGAAUUAAUGCGGCUCCCUCCGUGUAGUGAAGCCACACAAUUUCUUGACUCACAUGUGCCCCGCCUCCGUGACACGCUGGGACUUACUCACUGCCCCUCACCCCAGUAAACUGGACUCCGCCAACUGCUCUCCCUGCGCGGAGCGACGGAGGGACAUUUCCAGCGACAGAGAUCCGAACUGGGGGGGGGGCUUGCUGGAAGACCCACUGCCGUCCAAAUUCUGCACAGGAAGGUUGCGAUGGCCGGGGAAUGGCAGUGAACCGUGAGCUCAGCUCCCAGACCGCCGAACGGACGCCGCUGCAUCUUAUUUUCAUCCGCUCCGCGCAAGGAUGGCACUCGUGCAGUAACCGGGCAUACGCAGUUAUUCCGAAAGUGGCAGCCGAGGUUUCCUGAGAAAUCAGAAGCGUAAAGGCUGCGAGAGGGGGCAAACGCUGAUAGUAUCGAUUAAAAUACCGCGGGUGUGAAUGGCGCUAACCGAACCCCUUGUUCGGAUUAUCCCAGGCAGCACUCUUCGGUUACUAUUGGUAGAACUCGUGUUACUCUGGGGAGUUCAUGGGGGGAAAAUUGGCUACACUGGUCCCUGUGAUGGGAGAGAUUGUUCAGUCUGCCAGUGCUUCCCAGCUAAAGGAUCACAGGGACAGACAGGCCCGUUAGGAGAACCUGGUCUACAAGGUUAUCCUGGAAAUGAAGGGCCACAAGGUCCAAGAGGACAAAAAGGACAGAGCGGAGAACGUGGACCAUCUGGACCUGCUGGAAUUAAAGGAGAUAUUGGCCCUCUUGGUGUUCCUGGUUUUCCAGGAAUUGAUGGUAUUCCGGGCAUGCCAGGGUUCCAAGGCCCAAGAGGUUACCCUGGAUUAGACGGCUGCAAUGGAUCGAGAGGAGAUCCUGGUCUUCCAGGAAUUGGAGGAUAUCCAGGAAGGAUUGGGCUACCGGGGCUUCCGGGUCCAAAAGGUCCAAAAGGAGAUUCCGUAAUUGCCACGUUCUCUAGAGGCUUUCCAGGAGACCAAGGAUUCCCAGGACAAAGAGGUUUUCCUGGUCAUCCAGGAAACCCAGGUUUUCCAGGUUUUGCAGGACCAAGAGGACUACCAGGCUUACAUGGACGUCCAGGUCCUCAGGGGCCACCAGGUGAACAGGGCAUUGUAUUUCCAGGACAAAAAGGUGAGAAGGGUGAACAAGGUGACCCUGGACACAUUGAACUAAUCCAGCUUCCUGAAGAAAUUUUCUUUAAAGGAGAUCAGGGUGAGAAAGGCAGCAGAGGGCUUCCGGGACCUAUUGGAUUUCCUGGACCUUCAUAUUUUCCCGACUUUCCUGGGGCAAAGGACAUGAAGGGCGAAAAGGGCAUCAUUGGCUUUCCUGGGGAACGGGGUUAUUCCGGGAAGGACGGCUUGCCAGGUGUUCCAGGGAGAAAGGGAGAGCAUGGGCCCAGUGGUAGACCUGGACUAGAUGGUUAUCCAGGGACAGAGGGUGACAUGGGUGACCCAGGAGCCCCUGGCCCACGAGGCAUUCCUUUUCCCUGUGACUGUCAGAAAGGAGAUCUGGGCCUUCCAGGUUUUCCAGGCAUCAAUGGAGAACCAGGAUUUCCAGGCCCUCCCGGUCCACCAGGACCUCCAGGCACCUCGUUUGGACCAGGUUUACCAGGCCCAGCAGGGAGUCCGGGUCCUUGGGGUCCUAAAGGAGAGCAAGGACAGAAAGGAAGUGACAUGUGUGCAUCUGAUUCAAUGAUUGGUCCUCCAGGGCUUCCAGGUUUGGAAGGCCGACCAGGUUUCCCCGGUGCAAAAGGCUACCCAGGUUUUAUCUGUGAAACACUGGGAGUACCAGGGGUACCAGACGGAGCAGGGCCACGAGGUCCACCAGGUCCAAAUGGUAUGCAAGGACAGCCGGGUCAAAAAGGAGCAGUUGGUUUAAAGGGAGAUCCAGGGGAAUGUAGCUGCUGCCCUAAUUUACAAGGAGCUCCAGGAAACCCAGGUAAUCCAGGCAUCCCAGGGAAUCCCGGAAUUUCUGGAAGAGAGGGAGAACAGGGUGACCAUGGAUUGCCAGGAUUUGCCGGACUGCCAGGACUUGCUGGACCUCCAGGAGAGCCAGGGCCUUGGGGUGCAAGGGGCCAGAAGGGAGACUGUUCCCAAAAUGGAAGGAAAGGAGAGAGAGGAGAUCCGGGUAAUCCUGGGCCUGCAGGUAUGAGAGGAACACCGGGUCAGCCUGGUCAAUGUGGAAAUGCCGGAAUGAUGGGCGAACCUGGACCUGCUGGUGAAGCUAUGAAUGGAGUUCCAGGACUCAAGGGUUUACCUGGUUUUCCAGGACCUCCAGCUUCCCCAGGACCACCUGGACCUCCAGGCACGGGUAUUCGUGGUUCAAUAGGUCAACAGGGUCCUGACGGAGAAAGGGGUUUUCCAGGACCUCUGGGACCUCCAGGACCUCCGGGACCUAGAGGCCAAACAGGUAACCCUGACUGUCCUCUAAUCCCAGGGCCGGAUGGUCCGAAAGGAAUGCCGGGGUUUCAAGGGCGAAAAGGUUAUCCAGGGAUACCCGGCAGACAAGGACAGAAUGGCUUUGACGGUCUGAAAGGUGUCAAAGGGGAUCCGGGCCUGACAACAGUCCCUGGAACACCAGGUUUUAAAGGAUGCAUUGGUAACCCAGGACCUCCUGGACCUCCCGGAUCUUCUGAAGAUGGAGCCCCAGGCAUUCCAGGACUUCCAGGUGCUCAAGGAGAAGAAGGCCAACCUGGUGAUUCAAGUGAUGGUCCUCCAGGAUCCCCUGGACAAGCCGGAAGAGAUGGUUUAAUAGGCGCAAGAGGAGAGCCCGGAGAUCGCGGAUCCCCAGGAGAACAAGGAAAGGAUGGAGUCCCGGGAUUCCCAGGCCUUAAAGGAUUCAAAGGCAAUAGAGGCCCGAGUGGAUUGCCAGGGGAUCCUGGCCCACCGGGUGACCAGAUGAAUGGAGAGCCAGGUCCAAUUGGGCCUCCAGGACAUCCCGGUACCUGCGGCCCUCAAGGUCUGUCUCUAAAAGGGUUUCCGGGAAAUCCAGGUUCCCUAGGCACGCCAGAUAUGAAAGGUCUUCCAGGAAUGCCUGGCAAUCCAGGAACCCCUGGCCCAAUUGGUAGACAAGGUGAACCAGGUCCUCCGGGCUUCAGGGGGAGACCUGGAAUUCUUGGUCCAGUGGGCAGCAAAGGUAGCCAAGGCAUUUCGGGAUUUCCAGGAGUACCAGGUCCACGGGGACAACCAGGCCCUAGUGGACCACAAGGACCAAAUGGGGAUGAUGGAAUGAAAGGUCCUGAUGGAAGUAAAGGGGCUACUGGAAUAAAAGGAGAAAUGGGGGAACCAGGAGAUGUAUCAACACCGGUUAUAUUUUAUGUAAAAGGUGACCGUGGAUCCCCAGGUCUUCCUGGUGAACCUGGAUUUACAGGACCAAGAGGAGAAAAAGGAUUUCCUGGAAUUCCAGGAAUCCCUGGAUUGCCUGGUAGGCCUGGUUUACCAGGCUCCAAGAAAGGCUUGCCUGGAAUGAGUGGACCAGCGGGUCCAGCUGGAUGUCAGGGUUUAAUGGGACAAAAAGGUGAAAGAGGUAUCAUUGGAUUUCCUGGAAUGAAUGGUGAGAAAGGUGACACUGGAGAAUUCGGAAUACCUGGGUUACCAGGAGCCCGUGGUUGUAAAGGAGCAAAAGGAGACGAGGGUGAAUCUAUCAGUUUGAAGGGAUUUCCUGGACCAAAGGGACAGGCAGGUGAUGCUGGAGAGCCAGGUCUAGACGGGUUAUCUGGGCAGGUUGGUCCCCCUGGUUCAAAUGGAAGGAAGGGUACACCUGGAGCAAAAGGAAUGCAUGGAGAUCCAGGGAUACCUGGCUUCCCAGGUGCGCAAGGACCUCCGGGAGAUUUAGGAGCCCCAGGACCCCCAGGAUUACCUGGCAGGCCUGGACAACCAGGACCUUUGAGCUUUCCUGGCCCAUCAGGUCCCAGAGGUAUGCCUGGAUCACCUGGUUUAAAUGGUUUAAAUGGAUUACGAGGACAAAAAGGAAUAUGUGGACCUCCUGGACCCAGUGAACCAGGACCACCUGGAUCACCAGGACCAAUUGGAUGUAAGGGUCAAAAGGGUGCUCCCGGACCUCCUGGUGGUGUUACUCCAUGCCCAAGGGGCAGUCCAGGACCUCGAGGGCCAGAAGGUGUGUGUGGGCCACCUGGACCUCCUGGCCCAAGAGGGCCGACUUGCGAUAUUGUAUCACAUGGACCUCCAGGAGAUGAAGGUCCACCCGGUUUUGAUGGUCCACCAGGUCCUCCUGGUUUUCCAGGUGAUCCAGGGUCUCCUUGUAUCACAGCCCCAGGGGAUCCUGGAGAACCAGGUGCAAUGGGAGAAAAUGGUGCUCAAGGACCACCUGGGGAGCAGGGUCCAUGUGGAGCUACUGGCCUUCCAGGGCCACCAGGUUUUAAAGGUGAAAUGGGAGAGCAGGGGUUUGCAGGGUUCCCUGGGCUCGAUGGACCUUUGGGAAUGCCAGGUGACCAAGGUGAACGAGGUUGUCCAGGUCCCAGGGGCUCUCCAGGCCCACCUGGUUCCAUUAUUUAUGAAGACAUAGUGAACAUGAAUGAACACAGAGGAGCUCCUGGCCCACCGGGACCACCGGGCUCUCUCGGAAAUCCAGGAUCGAUGGGCCAACCUGGUCCUCGUGGCCAGUCAGGACCCAAGGGGCAAAAAGGCAAAUCAGGCCGGUUGGGUCCUGAUGGCCCCAUUGGACCCCCUGGACCUCCUGGAGCUCCUGGCAAACCUGGGCAACGAGGGAUGACUGGAGACCGAGGCCUUCCUGGAGAACAAGGGCCACCAGGAGAUCUGGGUCCCUGCCCUUCACCCUCUGGUGGUUUUCUGAUUGUGGUGCACAGCCAGUCAGAAAGGAUACCUACUUGUCCUCAAAACAUGCCAAGCCUUUGGCAAGGAUACAGUUUGCUUUAUCUGCAGGGCCAAGAAAAGUCUCACAGUCAAGAUCUUGGUCUACCUGGCUCUUGUCUGCCAAUGUUCAGUACUGUGCCAUUUGCAUAUUGCAGCAUUGAUGAAGUUUGCCACUAUGCCAGUAGAAACGACAAAUCCUAUUGGUUGUCAACCACCGCACCUAUCCCCAUGAUGCCACUCACUGAACAUGAGAUAGAGCCUCACAUUAGCAGGUGCUCUGUCUGCGAGGCACCUUCUGUCACAGUGGCUGUACAUAGCCAGGAUCAGACUAUUCCUCCUUGCCCUUCAGGAUGGAUCAGCCUUUGGAUCGGAUAUUCUUUCUUGAUGCAUACUGGAGCGGGUGCAGAAGGAGGGGGCCAGUCCCUAACAUCACCUGGGAGUUGCCUAGAGGAUUUCCGCCUGGCACCAUUCAUCGAAUGCCAAGGAGCUCGUGGCACCUGCCACUACUUUACUGACAAAUACAGCUUCUGGCUGACAACUGUGCAACCAUACCAGCAGUUUGGACUUCAUGCCCCUUCAGAAACUCUGAAGAUAGAGCAAUUACAGAGGCAAAGAGUUAGCAGAUGUCAAGUUUGUUUGAAAAACAAGUAAUUUCAAUUGCAUUGAAAUUCAACAAGAUAAGGAAAUAGUAAAAUGUUUUACCAAAAAGGAAGGCAGCAAUUCAAGCCUAAUGUUUAAUGGUGCUUAUUUAAUUUCUUCCUAAGUUCACCUUCAACUACAGCUAAUUAGAAAUGUAUGUCAGGAGAAUGUAAAAUUUACACUGGCACUAGCAUGCUUAUGAUAAUCAAUACAUUAAAAAGUAGA